AUGGCACCAAGCGCAAUUCGCAUUCAUGAACAUAUUCAAGAGAAAGAUACUCUUCCUCCGAGGAAGGACUCACUGAAGCUACCAGAGCCGGCCAGGAUCAGGCUUGAGAAAGCAGGCAUCAACUUGUCGAACGGCUAUCCAUACCGGCCAGCGAAACCACUUUACCUCGACGACGUGUACAAGAUCAGGGACUAUGAUCGUGAGCAUAUAGACCCAGGGUCUCGGGCUGAUCCAGAGAAGAAGGCGCUUUUUGGCGCUGCAAAAGAAAUCAUACAUUUGACUGCGCAUAUUGGUACGGAAGUCGUUGGACUUCAACUGAAGGAUCUCACAGACCAACAAAAAGAUGAGCUCGGUCUUUUGAUUGCUGAGAGAAGCGUGGUGUUCUUCCGUGACCAAGAUCUUUCGCCUCAACAGCAGAAGAAGCUGGGAGAAUGGUACGGUGAAAUCGAAGUCCACCCACAAGUACCAUUUGUACCUGGCGUUCCGGGAGUGACUGUCCUUUGGCCGGACCUUCAGGCGACAGAGGUCACUCCCAGCUUCAGGAAAACGGGUGGUGCGUCCAGGUGGCACACCGACUUGGUGCACGAACGCCAACCGGCUGGUGUAACACAUUUGCACAACGAUACCAUUCCAAAGAUUGGAGGCGACACGCUCUGGUCUUCCGGCUACGCUGCCUACGAGAAGCUUUCCCCGGCCUUCAGAAAGAUCAUCGACGGUAGAGAGGCAGUGUACCGUAGUGCGCAUCCCUACCUUGACCGCGACAACACUAGCGCCGGCCCCAAGUACAUUGAACGCGUCCACCCGAUUGUCCGUGUUCAUCCAGCGACCGGAUGGAAGUCACUUUGGGUCAACCGCGCUUUUACGGACCGCAUUGUUGGACUCGACAAGGCUGAAAGCGACGUCAUCCUUAACUAUCUCUUCGAUGUUUACGAGAACAACGUCGAUACUCAGGUUCGUUUUCGGUGGACUCCGGGAACUUCGGCGCUUUGGGACAACAGAAUCACAAUCCACAACGCGAGCUGGGAUUAUGAAGGGACUGAGCCGAGGCAUGGAACGAGGGUUACAGCAUUAGCAGAGAAUCCAUUUUACAAGCCCGAUGCGCCGACGCGAAGGCAGGCGUUGGGUCUCGCCGGACCUGAUGACAUCUAG